GCGAGUAGCCGGCGGCCGCAGCAUCUGUCCCGGGCGGAGGGGCAGCAGUACGGGCACCGGCACCGGCACCAUGGCUGAUCAGUCUUUUGUGACUCUAGCUACGAAUGACUCUUAUGUUAAAGGAGCACUGGUCUUGGGUUCAUCUCUGCAACACCACAGAACAAUAAAGAAACUAACUGUGCUCAUAACGCCUCAGGUCUCUGCUCCCAUGAGGAAAGUGCUAGAAAAAGUCUUCGAUGAAAUCUUAUUGGUAGAUGUCUUGGACAGUGGAGAUUCAGCCCAUCUAGCACUAAUGAAAAGACCUGAGCUGGGUGUCACACUAACAAAACUCCACUGCUGGGAACUGACUCAGUAUUCAAAAUGUGUGUUCAUGGAUGCAGACACAAUGGUUUUAUCAAAUAUUGAUGAGCUUUUUGAGAAAGAAGAGCUAUCUGCAGCACCAGAUCCAGGCUGGCCUGACUGUUUUAAUUCUGGAGUUUUUGUUUAUCGACCUUCCAUUGAAACAUACAAUCAUCUGUUACAACUUGCCACAGAGAAAGGCAGCUUUGAUGGUGGGGACCAGGGGUUAUUAAACACCUUCUUCAGCAGCUGGGCAACAACAGAUAUUAACAAACACUUGCCAUUUAUUUAUAACUUAAGCAGCAUUUCUCUAUACUCCUACCUUCCAGCAUUUAAAGCGUUUGGUUCAAAUGCUAAAGUGGUGCAUUUCCUAGGAAGAAUGAAACCAUGGAAUUACACAUAUGACUCUAAAACCAAAAGCAUAAAAGGUGACACAAGUGAUCCCACAAUGGUUCACCCAGAAUUCCUCAACAUGUGGUGGCAUACCUUCAUCACCAACAUCUUACCCCUACUAGAACAACAUGGAAUUGUUAAAGACGCCACUACAGGUGUAAAGGCGGAUGAGAUUACAGAGGCAGUGUCCCACAUGUCACUUUCAGCAGCAGCACUAACUUCGCCAUCAUCUCCCCCACCAGCUGAAUCUUCAGAAGAACGGAAGGAGAGGUGGGAGCAAGGCCAGGCUGACUACAUGGGAGCAGACUCCUUUGACAAUAUCAAGAAAAAACUUGACACUUACCUCCAAUAGAAGCACUUCUAUUGCCGAUGUUCAUAGAGAUACAAGAACUUCUUCCAGAGCUAUCGCAGCUAGGAAAGUGUUGAAUGUGGUCAGUUAAGCUUGCCUAGUAGCUUGAUAAAACUCAUCAGGCUGAAGAUCUUUGCAGUACUACAGGUGAGAACUGAGCAAAAGCUAUAAAGUAGAAAUCCUUGUGCCGGCUGUACCUGCACAAUCCUGAAGUCUUCCCUUUUAAGUAAAACUGCUGGAUAUGCCUAUUUAAAAAUAAAAACAAAAAACUGGGGAACAGGGCACUAAACUGGCUUGACACUUAUUCCUUUAAACCUGUAGGGCUGUGCUUUACCUCUUAAAAGAUGAAUGGCGUUACUCCUUUUGCUUGCUAUCUUAUAUAGGAGACCCUAUAUUUUUGAGAUUGUUUAGAAGUUGAAGUGGUUGUAACACUGCCUUACUGUAAAUGUUAGUACUAAAUUGUUCACAUACAUGCAAACUUAAUACAACUUCUAACAGCAAAGGCACUGCUUUAGGGUAUUAGUCUCACACUGAAGAUCUUGACCAGGUUUUUAUGUACAGUACAUACAGCAUGGUAGAAUGUCUUUGUUUAGUUCUGUAUACUAUGGGACUAUAAAACUGAGUUUUACCUGUAAUAUUGCACUCAUUGCAAAAUAAAAACUCGUGAUGCA